ACGUCAAAAUGGCUGCUUCUAAUCUCCCUGCACUUCCUGCAAAUCUGAAAGCUAUUCAGCAUUACAUGAAAACAGCUAUUGAACAUGAAAAACGGGAUCCAGUGAUUGCAUACUAUUGUAGAGCAUAUGCCAUGCAGCGUGGAAUGCAAAUUGACAAGAAGUCGCCAGAAUGUAGACAAUACCUUAUGACACUAAUGGACUUCUUGGAGAAGGUCAAAUCUUCCUUGCAAGAUGAAGCGAUUCACAACGAGUUGGUGGGGCAGGCACAUGUUGAAAAUUAUGCUCUCAAAGUAUUCUUGUUCGCAGACAAUGAAGACAGAGCUGGUAGAUUCAACAAGAAUGUUGUGAAGUCAUUUUACACAGCUGGAAUGUUGUUUGAUGUUUUGACAUACUUCGGAGAGUUAUCAGAAGAUAUUGAAAAUAACAGAAAAUAUGCCAAAUGGAAAGCAGCCUACAUACACAAAUGUUUGAAGAAUGGCGAAACCCCAAUUCCUGGUCCUUUACCUGAUGGAGAAACAAGUGAUGAAGGAAUUGGAUUUGAUGGACUGAAUGACACUGGUCUUUCUGCAAAUGUUCCAUCAUCACAGUUCCCGAAUGAUACGAACACUUUGAACCCUCCACCAGCAGGAACCCAUGCUCCCCCUACCACCCCCCAAGACACCCCUGUUCCGUACAGAGCUGUUCCCCAGCAACCGGUCCAGCCUCCUCAACAACCCGCACAACCGCCAGUACCCGUUGUUGCCUCAACCAGCUGGAUUCCACCUCCCAAUCCAACUGGCGUUUCGCUGACACCGCAGGAAUACCAGAAAGCCAUGAAGUUCUGUAAGCAUGCCAGCAGCGCCCUGCAGUAUGAAGACUCCCAGACUGCAAUCACUAACCUUCAGAAAGCUUUACAACUGCUAACAACUGGAAAAGUCUGAUGGUUCAUCUCGCGUGAAGUAAUCAAAACCUCAUUUCGAGUGACUUUGUGUGUUUCUUGUUUUGAAAUGUCUUCACACACUAGCAUUCUGAAACUGUAGCACUAUGAAUCAUCUUAAUUUUAAUCAGUUAGAUUUUUCAUACUGACCUGGGCCUCGUUUCACGAAACGGUCUUAACACUGCUGUUGUCUAAACACUGUUGUUGUCGUAUAUUAACCUGCAAUCAUAACUGUAACUUUUUUCAUAAGAUCACCAGCCUAUUACACCACAUAGCAUAACUUACUGUCAUAAAUUAUGGUGAACCAUUUUAAUGGAUCUGAGGCAGGAGUAAGCCAUUAAUUAAUGUAGAUGAUGAUUUAAUGAUUUUCUAAGAAGGAUACAAACUCGUUUGUGUUAAAAUGAAUCUAAUAUACACACAAGACGUUUUAUUAAACUCAGCGUUUGACGAAAAACAUUUUAGGCAAUACAACCUUCACACGAGAUCAGUCCUGUAUUAUUCAUGGCUUCAAAAAUUAACUGAAGUUACAUUGUGGAUGUCCGGUACGAACGGAUACAUAUGAGAUGUUCUGAAUAAUUUGUAACUGACAUAUUAUUUAAUCUCUUUGCACAGAAGAUUUGAAUCAUUAGAUGGGCACGUACAGCUUCAGUAAGGUAUUCUUUGUGGAAUGGCUGUAAAGCUUACAUAUACCAUCUGUAAAACUCACCUUAAGUCAACCUUAACUAUGAUUCUUUCGUGGAACAGGGCACAGAAUGUGUGGGUUUUUUUAUGCAUCAAAAUAUUUCUUAUUAAAUAGCCCAGAUUUGGCAAAUCUAGUGCAAAGCCAUUUGGGGACAAACCUUUUCAGAUAUUUUGCUUUUAAAGCAUAGAUUGGUAUAGUUGUUUCAUAACUUGAAGAAUCUGGUUAGUGGUAAACAUGUUCUUUGAAUGGGGUGUGUCUGUUGGCAGGGUUUCUAGAAUUUUUAUAAAAUCCACUAGCCAUGGGAUCAGUGAUUUAAAAAAUGUACUAGCACUACUUUAGUUUAAGUGAAUACAAUUUUACUAAAUAAUAGUAAUAAUCAGAUUUGUCACAUAAAGACAGAGAUAGAGCUUAAAACACUGAGAUUUGGGGUUGGGGUGUGGACAGAAUAUUCAUAAUUUACAAAAUAAGACAACUGCAACAUUUGGCAAAAGAAAAAUUCUCUAGCCGUUGGGCGUGGCAUUAUUAGUUAUUUACUAGCUCAAUAUUGAAUAUCACUAGCCAUGGGAGUGGGGUUACCAUAAUCUAGAAGCCCUGCUGUUGGGGAUGUGCACCCCUGCCCCAGUGUUUAAUAGAUGAAUAUAAUUAAUAUAUUUCUUUUUAGUCAAGAAGAUAUAAUAUCUCAGUUGGAUGUUAUUUUGUUUUAUUUUGGGUAUAAAUCUGUACCUUUGCCUGUUAGUUGUAUACACCUGGGAAAAAGUUACAUGACCCCUGCUAUUUUGACCAAGAGGUUUGAAAACCUGUACACUGGACCCAAAUGGCAUAGAAACUAUUUGCUGUACCUUGUUUUCCAGGUGUUUAGAUACCUGCUAGUUAAUAUGAAUGAUAAUGAAUUGUCUCAGAAGACAAAAAAUUCGUCCUAGUUGAAAAUGUUUGUUUGGUAAUAUAAAAUGCAUAGAAACGCAGCUACCCUACCCUCUUUAUUUUAGACCCAUUUAGCUCAGUACGAACACAGUGCUCCUCAUUGAUCAUACCACAGGCUGUUGUGUAGCCUGUCCAGUCAGUGGAAAGGUGUACUGUAUAUAAAAUACCCCUUGGCAGUGUUGCAGCUAACUGGUGCUAACCAUGUGUCCCAAUUAUCUCUUUUACUACAGAUAGCUACAGAUGAAACAUAUGCUGGGGUGUCUCUAAAACAUUCUUUUUUUCAUCCACUCAGCAAAAAUAAAUGUUUCCAACAUUCUGUGGCAUAUUCAAGAGGCUGAGCACUUGUGAACAAGUUAACUGGUACCAAACGUGUUCUAUCAUAUCACAUUCAUCUAAUGUCAGGUGCCAAAAACCAGCCUGGUGAGCAAUUGUGAGUGCUUGCCCUCCUGGACAAGCCAUUGGCCAAUAUUGGCAGGUUACUGUUUAAAAGAUCGUGUCCAUCCUUUUUAUCCAAUGUUAUGAUGUGGUAAUCGGAUAACUGAUUAACGACAAGAAGAAAAUGUCUUAGUUGGAAUAUUUAUUUGUUAUUUAUAAUUUGAAGAACUGCUAUUGAUAAAUGAACAGACUAAUCUGACUUGGCUGGAGCCUGUUACAUAUUAAAUACAUUUUAUUGUUUAGAAUACCAGUGUCUGUGUAUCCAGUGUUUUUCUGGUUAUCCUCAUGUCUGUAGCAGCUCAAAUUUCAUUCCAGUUACUGGGAGGUAAAUAAUGAUUAUGGGCAGUAUGGUUCAAAGAUAAAGAGUGAAAACUGGCAUCAUUUUUAUAACAUGUGAUAUUCGAAUGUUCUUACAUCAACUGCAUUCAGUAUGUAUUAUAGAUUCAUAGCUUUGUUCAGUUUUGAUUAAUCUCAGUUUGAAAUAUUGUGAUACAUAAUGUCUUUUGUGAAGUUGUUAACCUUUUCAUUUGACUUGUAAUCAUGUCAUCCCUUGUAUGUAUAAAUGUUCUUGAGCUCCUCCUUGUACAGAGUUGUGACCAAAUACACUAGAAUUUUUGACACUUUGACACAUUUUCAAUUAGUCUGUCUUGGACUGUCUUUUAGGAAACAGUUUGUGACAAUUAAUAGUAUUCUUUUGGUUAGACAAACAAAGAUAAAACCUACAUCAAAAUAUAGCAGUGAUCUGCAUUCAGCUAAGUCAUUUUGCCAAAGUAUCUUUCGGACUCUUGUUUUGUAGGAAAGCAAUUUGUGAUAACCAGUUCUAUUAUUACUAUUACGAAAGCAGUUUGUGACAAUUAAUUGUAUUCUUUUAUUUAGACACGCAAAGAUAAAACCUACAUUAAAAUAUAGCAGAUGAUCUGCAUUCAGCUACGUCAUUUUGCCAAAGUAUCUGUUGGACUCUGUUUUGUAGGAAAGCACUUUGUGAUGACCAGUUCUAUUAUUUUGGUUCUAAUGAAUAAUAGAUGAAACCUUUAUCAAAAUAUAACAGAUAAUUUGAAUUAAACAUUAAUUACAGAAUCAUUCUAUCAGUUGUAUCAAAACAUCAGAAUAUGUUUUGUAAAUUAGUGUCUUGGUUUAACUGACUAUGUGACCUUUAUUUGCAUUGUUUUUCUGUCAUCACUGUUAUACUUGGACUGUUACUUAUAUAUAUUUUUAUUGUGACCCAAUAAUAACUGCUUUCUAACUAACAGUUUGGUCAACGUUGAUUUGUGUAUAUUUUGACAUCAGAACAGUAUAGUGUUGUCGAUUUACCACGUCUCUCAAUGAGUGGGACAUUGACUCCCUCUUGUGUUAUCAGAAUUACAAAGUUUCAAGUGUAUCUGAACUUCUAAAUAUUUAUCUCAACAACAACAAAAUGUCCGUUAGAACUAUGUUAUUCUUAAGUCUUGGUAUAUUUUUGUUGUAUUUUUUUAAUGUGAUCAAGUCAGGUCAUAGGGUUUUAUGUGCACAUUCAGAGCAAGCUAUUGUAGCGCACGCCUGUCCUGGGCACAAGAGCCGAUCGAAAGAGAAAGAUCAGGAGCGAAUAUAGGUUUUGAAUUUAGUGAGUCAAGUGUAGCUCGUUAAUUAGACCUAUAGAUUUGAUGCUGGGGUUUCUUUCCUAGGUUUCCCGUAGGGCCCUUAGAAAGGGCCUGACCGCUUCUGGUUGUGACAUGACAACCCAUUUAAUGAGAUGCAGUUUAAAGCUAUUUAUAGUUAUUCUCAAGGCAUGAACUUAACGAUGACACCCAACGGUAAUUGCCAUAGCUGCAGUGUGAAUUGUCAUAGGUCAGGUGUAAUUUGUUUUUGCUAUAUAAAAAUUAAAGUGGAUAAUAUUUGCUUUUCAAGUUAUAUUUAUUUGUUGCAAAAGUUACUUGUUUAAAAUUGCUGCAGGCAUGCUUGAAAUCACUGGGCAUUUUUUCCCAUGACAAGGUAAAAAUUCAUAAUUUCGAGCCCUGGUUACUGAUAUAUAUAUAUAUUUUUGUCAGUCUUUUUGUUUCAGUUCGUUUCUCAUUAUUAAGUAUUUGUGAAGAACAACAUAUCAUUGUUGGUAAUUAGCCUUGUACGAUACACCCCAUAUUGUUUGUUUGUAUUAAUACAUGUAUGUCAUGGAAGCAUAAAUUUGUUUCUAUUAUUGAUUAUAUGCUUGCAUACAUGAUGAUAUAGCCAUGGUUUUCUUUUGAAGCUGGUAUAUUAUUGUUCUGAUUCAUGUAAAAUCUCAAGUUCUGUUAGAAAUAAGAGCUAUGAGGUUUUAGCUUAUGUACAUUUUCUUCUUUGUGGUACUGAAUGAAGUCUUUGUUACUGACACAAAGCUGUAAUUAUAAUUUAUAUACUUGUACAAAUAUUCCUUAGUUAAAAAAAAAUCAGGCAUGAUAUUCUGUCUCUUCUCAACAUUAAAAUUUCCAAAUGUUUGACAUCCAAUUGCUGAUGAUUAAUAAAUCAAUGUACUCUAGUAGUAUUGUUAAACAAAACCAACUGUGCAACAUUAUUGAUACAGCUAGUGACUUUGUUUUGGAUCCUGAUCAUCAUUUUUAACGUGUAGUAAACGAAAUUCACCAUGUGAUGAAAAUAAUAAUAAACCUGGCAGUAUUUACUUCGUCAGAUAUCACAUGUAUAAGACUGGUUAAAUACUUUUCUUACACACCCGUUGGGGAGAACACCAUGCAUUAUUUUUGAUAACACAUGGUUGUUUACACACGUACGUAUGUUAACAAUUUCAAAACAUAUGGCUGGCUGCUCCUAGGUGAUGACCAGGU